GAAUCUGAAACUCUGCGCCACUGGAAUCCGAGCAGUGCCAGAAUGGAGUGCUUCCAAGCCAUCUACCCGUUGGUGCACGCAUUCAUGCCUGUAGAAUCUCAUAAGCAGUUCCUGAAGGCUGCUCACAACGACCGGCUCGUGCAGCUGCUGUUGAAAGGGCUGCUGUACGAGACUGCCGUCGAAUUCUGUCAGACAAGGGCGUUCUCCGAAAAGGCGCUCGGUGACAUAAAAGUUGACAGUGUGCUUGAUGGCUAUCCACUGGACAACGUUGACGCCAGUCUUCUUGCUUGGCUCGAACAGUUGUCAGCGCCGGUUUUUAAAGUUCCCUUCGAGCAGAAAAACUUGAAUGUGCAGCUUGCCCCUUUGAAGAGGCCCGAACUGCAGGCGCAUUGGACUCAGCAGAUUCUGCUCUCUCCGAUCGUACCGCAGAAGUUUCCUUUCACCGCCGUGCCGCUGAACCGGAUCAAGUCCGCGGAGAAAAUGAGUCGAUCCCUCAUACCGUAUUACGACGGCCUCACGUCUGGUCUAGAUGAGCGAAAACCAAGUGCUCAUUCCAUAGUUGGACCUAAAAUUCCUGGGAUGCCUGAGUUAUGCCUGCGCUUUAUGUUGCCCAUUGCAUCCUAG